CAUUUAAUGAGAGCACAAGUAGGAGUAAUAGUAGUAAUUACAGUGUACCGAGUUAGCUCCUUCUCGUCCUCAAAGUUUUCGGCUUAUAAAUAGUUGAGAGCUUCUCUUUCUGAGUCGGCGCGUUGAUAGAACUGCCAUUGAAGACCAUCAAGAAGGAACAAACAAAGCAUGUCUCACAUAGCUGUGGAGAGAAACAGGAGGAGGCAGAUGAAUGAACAUCUCAAGGUCCUGCGCUCCUUAACCCCAUGCUUCUACAUCAAACGGGGAGAUCAAGCAUCCAUCAUAGGUGGUGUAAUAGAAUUCAUCAAGGAACUGCAACAAGUCCUACAAUCCUUGGAGGCGAACAAGAGGAGAAAGAGUCUAAGCCCUAGCCCCAGCCCAAGACCGCUCCAACUGAUCAACACGCCGCCGCCGCCGCCGCCCCCUGAUAGUCCCUUCAGUUUCGAGAGCAUCACUGCUAAUAAGGAAUUAGGUGUGUGCUGCAACUCCUCGGCAGCCGAUGUCGAGGCGAAGAUCUCAGGAUCAAACGUGCUGUUGAAGGUAAUUGCUCGGAAGAUACCAGGUCAAAUCUUGAAGAUAAUAAGCGUCCUUGAGAAACUCUCGUUUCAGAUUAUUCACCUCAACAUCAGCAGCAUGGAAGACAUGGUUUUGUACUCCUUCAUCGUAAAGAUAGGGUUUGAAUGUCGGCUAAGCUUGGAGGAACUAGCUCUAGAAGUUCAACGAAGCUUCUCUUUGGACCCUUCGUGUACUGCAGAAGUGUAAGUUUUUAUGGGAGUUCAAUAUAGCCUUGCGUUUUAGAAACCCUAAUCAUCUUAUAAGAAAAAGAGGAGGAUUUAAAUGUUCCCUCUUGUAAUACUUCUUGCUACCUUUAAUAUAUUACGCAAGUUUAAGUCUGGUAUAAUCUGCUGAGCUUUCUAAUUUGCAUAGUUCUCACAUGAUCUUUCCUGACCUUUGGGACUUUUUAUUUGCUCUAUCCUCAUAGAUCUACAUGAAAUCUACAUAGGUCACAUGAUCUUUCAGAAUCUUUUGGACUUUUCAUUUGCCCUAUCCUCAUAGAUCUACUGAUGUGUUUGUUCCACACAAAUGCCCGAGCAAAAACCUCAUCUUCUUGAUGCAGAAUUUACAUUUGAAGCUGUCUACAACCAGUCUGUAAGCCUAAUCCGAUUGUUUGUCCAAGUCGGAAUGCUUCUUAUUAGCGAUCACGGUGUCAAGCAUUUGGGAUUGGACCUUGAAAUUUUUCAAGGUUCUAGCUAGUAGUUCAGCAAAAAACAUCAAAUGGAUUAUCAAUAGAAUUUGAAUUACACUAUGCCUAUGGAGACUAAACCUGGGAAAGUAA